CCAGCAGCGGCCGCUGAGCACCGGAGCGCUGAUACACUGUGUCGGGAGGGCGUGCGGUAUGCUGUCACACAUCCACUAAACACUGCUCGUCUUUUAUUUCCUGUCCAACUCCCAGCAGGACAAAACCGCUCUCCAGCUCAGACCCAACAUGGGUUAGAAAGAAAGCGACGGAUGGAUUAUCCACUUUGUGCACUUCAGCGAGGAUGAUGGAGGGGAGAAUGGACUUGUUUUCGCAGAGACAUCCUGACAAAGACGGGGACUGAGAGGGAACAGAGAUCGGGAUUCGCUGCUUUUCUCUGCCUCGCUUUGCAUCAUCAUUAUUUUUCCUGUUUUAUUUAUUUUGUUUUUAUUUUUUAUUAUUUUCCUCCUCGUGUGUGCGAGACAGAAAUGUUUGCAGAAUUGCUGUGCGGCGCCGUGGCUCUGGUCCUGUAUGUCAACACUCUGGGCGCCGAUUUCUGCUACGAUGACAGCCGUGCAAUCAAGACUAAUCAGGACCUCCUUCCAGAGACCCCCUGGAUAAACAUCUUCUAUGAUGACUUCUGGGGCACCUUACUCACACACAGUGGCAGCCAUAAGUCUUACCGGCCCCUCUGCACCCUCUCCUUCCGCCUCAACCAUGCUGUGGGUGGGCUGGAGCCCUGGGGUUACCACCUGGUUAAUGUGGCUGUCCACGGGGCUGUGACGGGCCUGUUUACCUCCCUGGCUCGCCUGCUGCUUGGAGGAGGCCUGUGGAGCCUGCUGGCUGGCCUGCUUUUCGCCUCUCACCCCAUCCACACUGAAGCGGUGGCGGGCGUCGUUGGCAGGGCUGAUGAAGGUGCCGCCCUUUUCUUCUUGCUGUCCCUGCUGUGUUACAUACGUCACUGCAAACUACGAGGCCAUGCAGGACCCUGGCGGCUCGUGGCCUGGUUCCUGGGCAGUCUAGGCUGUGCUGCAUGCAGCAUGCUGUGGAAGGAGCUCGGAAUCACUGUCCUGGCUCUGUCGGCACUGUACGAUGUCUGUGUUUUCCACAGGCUCAAAUUGCGUCAGAUCAUCAUGCUCCUGUACAAGAGAAAGAACCUCCCCCUGCUGCUGAAUGUGUUUUUGCUGGCAGCCUGGGGAGCCUUCCUGCUGGUCUGCCGCUUUUACUGGAUGGGUAACAAACCCCCCAACUUCUCUAACUCCGACAACCCGGCAGCCGACUCACCCUCACUCCUGACCAGGACACUAACCUUUUUCUACCUUCCUGCGAUCAACUUUUGGCUUCUCCUUUGCCCAGACACUCUCAGCUUUGACUGGUCAAUGGACGCCCUGCCUUUGAUCAGGAAUCUUGCUGAUUGGAGGAACAUUCAUACAGUAGCCUUCUACCUUGGUUUGCUCUUGCUGGCUUGGUUCAGCCUGUGCAUGCACCAGACAGCUAAGGGCAAAGAUACCAAUGGCAAAGUGUAUCAUUACACCAAUGGCAGAAAUGGGAACAGUAAUGGACACAGUUACCAAUGUAACAAUCAUGAACUCAUGAACAAUUCUCACACAGACUCUCACAUUAAUAGUGCACAAAAUGGUACCAAAAAGCACUAUGAGAGCAGGACUCCACUGCCCACCACUGAAAAUGUCGUGGUGUUCUCUCUGGGCCUGUUGGCUAUCCCUUUCUUCCCAGCCACAAAUGUGUUUUUCUAUGUGGGCUUUGUGAUAGCAGAAAGAGUUCUGUACAUCCCCAGCAUGGGCUUCUGCUUGCUGGUGGCAGUGGGGAUGAGGUCUCUGUACGUCCGUCUGCGACGCAGGACCUCCAGGGCCAUGUUGCUGUACUGCAGCGCUGCCCUGAUUCUGCUAUUUAGUAUCAAAACUGUUUUAAGGAACCGUGACUGGCAGAAUGAGGAGAUGCUCUACAAGUCAGGGAUUUAUGUCAAUCCUGCUAAAGCAUGGGGAAACCUUGGAAAUGUCCUAAAGAGCCAGAGCAAGAUGAAGGAGGCUGAACAGGCAUACAGAAAUGCCCUCUAUUACCGCAGCAACAUGGCCGAUAUGCUGUAUAACCUUGGUUUGCUGCUGCAGGAGAGCAACAAGUUCUCAGAGGCACUCCACUACUAUAAGCUGGCCAUUGGGAGCCGGCCAACUCUGGCUUCGGCCUACUUGAACACAGGCAUCAUCCUGAUGAAUCAAGGACGACUAGAUGAGGCCAAGCGCACCUUCCUGACCUGCGCUGACAUUCCAGAUGAGAACCUGAAGGACCCCCAUGCCCACAAGAGCUCAGUCACCAGCUGUUUGUACAACCUGGGCAAGCUGCUCCAUGAACAGGGUCACCAGGAGGAGGCCCUCACAGUGUUUAAAGAAGCAAUACAGAAAAUGCCAAGACAAUUUGCACCACAGAGCCUCUACAACAUGAUGGGGGAGGCCUACAUGAGACUGAACAAGCUGACUGAAGCUGAACACUGGUACACAGAGUCCCUGCGAGCCAAACCGGACCACAUUCCUGCACACCUCACUUAUGGCAAACUCCUGGCUAUGACGGGGCAGAAAACAGAAGCGGAGAGGUACUUCCUAAAGGCCAUCCAACUCGAUCCCACAAAGGGAAACUGUUACAUGCAUUAUGGUCAGUUUUUGUUGGAAGAGUCGCGGCUGCUGGAAGCGGCCGAGAUGGCAGAGAAAGCUGCGGGCCUUGACAGUGGGGAGUUUGAUGUGGUCUUCAGUGCGGCCCAUAUGCUCAGACAAGCCAGCCUAAAUGAAGCAGCCGAGAAGUAUUACGGACAAGCAGCGAGCCUGAGACCCAAUUAUCCUGCAGCCUUGAUGAAUCUGGGGGCGAUCCUCCACCUCAACGGGAAACUGCAAGAAGCUGAAGCCAAUUACCUCCGAGCACUUCAACUGAAACCGGAUGACACCAUCACCCAGUCCAACUUACGUAAGCUGUGGAAUAUCAUGGAGAAACAGGGCCUGAGGACCUCAAGCCCCUGAGCUCAGCCUGCCCGCCUACCUGCCAUCUGUACGCCAGACCUGGGAGGAAAGGACAGCCUACACGUUCUUUGUUUGCUCUCGUCACUACGAAGAGACAGAAUAGACUUCGGGAGGUUGUUUGCACAGAGAGGCCAUGGCUGUGCUGCGCAGCCUCCCUAAUAACUUCUGAGCUCUACAUACACCUCAGGCCAGCAGCUUUCCUUAGGAGCGUUGCUCACAGUUUGGCAGGCACUACAUGGGAUUUGGACUCUUUAGACCUUUCUUCAAAAUUAGUGCUCUCACAGGAACCACCCUUUUCUCUGUUUUUUCUUUUCCUUUUUUCUUUUAUAAAUAGAGCACUUGAACCUGAAGUUAGAUAGGUACAUCCUUCAACAUUUGUGAUGAAUUUGGGUUUUUUAAAUGGGCAAUUGUAGUUCAAAGUGGUGAAUUUUGCCUCCAAGCAGUGUGAGACAAACUAUAAAAGAGAGAAAAGAACCUCAGACAGCUGCACUGAGGGUCUUUUCCGUUACUGUUUAAUGAAGUAGUUGAUUUGAUCAGAUGCUCCAUCUUGAUAAUGAGGCAAUAUGAAGAAUUGGAUAUCAUCCAGAAGUACCAAAUUACUAAUUUAAAAAAAAAUCUAGUUUAAAUCACUAAAAUCUACAGUCACAACCUCAGUGGGUCACUUUGUUUUGCUAAUGAGAUUAAACACACUUCAUAAUGAAGUCAUGAAAAUUAGCACCAUCAUCGCAAAACCAUUUGUAGCAGAUGUCCUGACAUUUGGCCAAAUCUUGAAAAAGGGAAUUCAAUUUGUUAGCCAUCAUAGUACAACAAUGGCCUCUAAAAGCUCCAUGAAGGCUGGAUUUUUGCCAGAUACAGUAUGUUUUGUCAAAGAACUUCAAAAAGAAAGGAAAUGUGACAGGAGUCCUCCUGUCACAUUGCAAUGCCUUAUAAUAAAAGGUGUGAAUCUCCUUUAGCAGAGUACAGUAGCAUACAGCUGGUGUUUUUACCUCUACUGCAUCUUAUUCUGCACUGGCAAAUAAAUAAUAAUAACAGUAAGAAGCUAUAAAUGGAAAUUUUAAGCUACCUUCCUGUGGAAGUCACAGAUAACAAAGGCAGGUACAGUAGUUUUGGUUACACCAUUUCCCCACAUGCCUGAAGCUUUUACAAAUGAGUGUGCGGAACUGAAACAACUGAAAUUUAUUCUAACCAAAUACGAAAGCUAUGCCGUUGCACACCUUUUCAUCACAGACAUAGCACAUCCAAGGGAAAUGUUUAAAUGCCUGUUGUUUUUGUUGGAAUAAAACUAAUUACGUUGUGUUUGUAAAAAUGAAUACUAAUAUAUAUGCCUACAUUGUGUAUAGUAUACAGAAAACAAUGCAGCAAAAAAAUGCAGCCAGACUUAAAGUGGAAGCUCAGAUACUGAGCAAGUUUGUCUCCUUACAUGAAGUAUUUCCCAUAUUGUCAAAACUCAGUCUUAUGAUCUCAUUUUGUAUAUAUUCUGUGUAAUUAACAUGUUUAUUUGUUUGUUGUUGUCAGCAUACAAUAAGUGCAACGGCACCUUCCCAGAAUUUAGAUUAUGUAAAACAUUUGUGAUCAUUUGUUUGUGAUUUCCCACAAAUCUCCUGUGCUAUCUAUGUUCUUAGUUUAUGCGUUGUUAUUGCUUUAUAUUAUCUCAGUAACGGAACCAGCUGGCUCUGUGUUUUUACAUGUAAAGCAAAGGAAGUUAGUAGAUAUGAUGUCCAAAUACAGUUGCCCAUUAUGGAUAAACACAGUGAAACACCUUCAACUGAAGAUGAAAAUAUGUUGCAGUCAUAUUGCAUUGGUGUCAACACUCUUCUGCUUUUGACACUAAUUGUCACUAGUGAUAUGUUCAGUCAAAUAGUUUUGACAUUCAUUCCUACCCCACACCUCACAUAUAGUCAAACAGCGUGCUCAUUUCGUCUGUGUGUGUGUAUGUGAAGUGUUUACGAAUAAACACUGAUCAUUGUUAUUGCUUGAGUGAAGAUGUAGAAAAAAAAUUUUUAACUCUGUGUCUCUGCUCAGGGAUCUCAAGCAGUGAGUUAUUGCAGAAACUUGUUCACAGAGCAUUUACUAAAUUAAAGAUUUAUUUUUGAAAGUUGUUGUAUUUGUAUAAAUUAUCGAGAUUUGUAGCCUUUUUCUCCUUUUUGUAAUAUAAAGACAAACAAUGUGCCAGAAUAGACUUUUUCUUCCAAAUGUUGCUUUUUUUCCCCACAAUAAAUUUAUGGUGUUUCUGCUUUUG